AUGUCGUAUCCCGUGACCCCAGCCAGCCGACCAAAGCGCAUCAUCAUAUGCUGCGAUGGCACCUGGCAAUCGGCCACGUCAGGCAAGAAGAAUGUCCCUUCCAAUGUGACCCGCCUAGCCCGGGAGCUCGACAGGGUGGGCGUGGAUGCUGAAGGCAACGAGUGGCAGCAGUUGGUUUGGUACGACUCGGGCGUGGGCACAACGUCCCUUUUGGGCAGGAAGAGCGAGGGUGCCACCGGCUCCGGACUUGAGAUCAAUGUCAUUGAGGCGUACAACUUCAUCGUGCUCAACUGGGUGCCGGGAGACAAGGUCUACUGUUUUGGUUUCUCCCGGGGCGCCUUCACGGCCCGUGCGAUUGCUGGCCUGAUUUCCGACAUUGGCAUCUGCGAACCGCGGAUGCUGCAGCACUUUUCCGAACUGUGGGGGCUGUACAAGGCCAACAAGGAGGAGAGGUUCUGGGGCAGCAAAGCAUACUGGGAAUUCAUGGACGGCAAGCUUGAAGAACCGCUGCCUGAAACUCCUGGGUAUAAGAACUCCAACUACAGGUGGAAGGACAAACCCAAGGGCAACUGGGCAAGCAUCGAUUCGCGGGAGAUUGAAAUCGUCGGUGUGUACGACACUGUCGGAGCGCUGGGUAUGCCCUCGCUCCGUGGCAUAGAGGUCGGGUCUUUGAUUGGAUUUGACCCUGAGGAACACAAGUUCUUCAACGUUCGCCUAAAUCGGAACAUCAAGCGAGCAUACCAUGCCCUCGCUUUGGAUGAACGCCGAGAAGCUUUCACCCCAACCUUGUUUUAUCUCUCUGAUGACUACCCCUUUAAAGGGAUCGAGAUUGAGAAGCAGCACGCAGCGUUCGAGGCAGCGUUCGACAAGUGGCACGCGGCCUCGACAGAUCGCAAGAUGUCCGUCGAAAAGAAGCGUCAGAUCAAACAGGAAUACGACAGAGCACGGCAGACCAUCGUGGCACUCGAGGCCGAUGCGAUCAAGGCCCAGAAAGAAGUUCAUCACAAACCGCCGCCAGAGCUUUCACAGGUCUGGUUUCCAGGUGUUCAUAUCAACGUCGGCGGAGGUUCCAGUGACACUCUUGAAAACAAAGGAGAUAUGGAAGAGCUCGCCGAUGUUGUCUUCUGUUGGAUGCUGGAUCAGAUUAGACCGCAUCUCAACAUUAAUUCGGCAGUAUACGAGCAAUAUCGCAUUGAAAGGAGCCAGAAUCUUGAUGAGCUCAACAAGCAAGCCCGGGAGGAGAAGGAGAGGCUAAAGAAAGAGAGGGAUGAGCAAAAGAAAGAGAGCUACAUGCAGACUGGCUAUCGCUGGGUUUCAACUUCUGCUCAAAGUGUCGUGGAUACUGCCGCCGACAAUUACAACUCUGUCUUUCGCCGUGUUGAAAAGGAAAAGCCCAAGAACCAAACAUUUUUCAACUUUGGCUGGGGGACGGGUUCUGUCAUCGACAGCUACACCUGGACGUACGUUGCCAAUGGAUACUUGGCUCGAACCCCCAACGGGUACCAUCAGAACAAGAAGCUCACGACACGGGGGCGCACUCACGAGUCCGUACAUCCAGUGGUCGGCUACCGCAUGUACAGCUCACGCAAGAAGUACAGGGACGCGGUGAUCGCCGCGGCCAACGCAAAGGAUGACGACGAGAAGAAGGAGCUUGAGGAGGAAUGCAAGAAGCUCAAGAGCCUGAUCUACAACCCCAUCGGUAUGAAAUCGGGGGAUGAACCAAUGGCCCGUCGAUGCAAAAACGAGGCGACACAGCAAUGGGAGUACAAAUUCCACGGCUGCGAGAAGCCGCUACCUGAGUGGAACAUGCGCCCCAACGAGAUGUCUCAAGUUCUAUCUUAUGAGGGCAUGACGUCGAUUCCAGAAGACGACGCACUCUGGUACGCUGUGAACGCGGCUUCAUAUGAGCGAAGGGCCCUGCACGGGGAUGCCGAAGCCGAUGCCUAUCUAACGAAGCUGGACGAAAUCAAUGGGUAUAAGAGUUAUUGGUCUGUCCAAGAUGUUACCAAUCCAGACCUUGAGGGCUGGUUUGAUCAUGGCAAGAUUCCAGAUGCAAAUGUUCCAGCGGUGUCCAAACGGUGGGGAUUCGGGUGGUUGAGUAGCUAG